UCUGUUUGUUGUCUUGUGACUUCCGGAUUUGGAAUUCUCUUUGCUCGUAGUUGUUUAUAUAGUAGAAUCAUAUGCUAUUUACUUGAUCAAAAAAAAUUAUUAUUAAAAUAAUUCAUAACUGCUCCUAAAAGCUUUUCUAACUUCAGGAAAUCAUGUCAGCGAUUGCUGCUGCGAAAGGAAAAUUGAUUGCAGUUAUUGGCGAUGAAGAUACAUGUGUGGGUUUUCUUCUUGGAGGAAUUGGAGAAUUGAAUAAAUCCAGGCAAACUAACUUUAUGGUUGUGGAAAAAAAUACCUCAGCUAGUGAAGUAGAAGAAACUUUUAAGAAUUUUGUGAAGAGGGAUGACAUUGAUAUUAUACUUAUAAACCAAAAUAUUGCAGAGAUGAUUCGUUAUGUUAUUGAUGCUCACACAAAGCCAGUUCCAGCAGUUUUGGAGAUUCCAUCUAAAGACCAUCCUUAUGAUCCUAACAAGGAUUCCAUUCUUAGACGAGCAAAGGGCAUAUUCCAAGCGGAAGAAUAUAGAUAAAUGUAUCAGAAAGAUCUUGCAUAUUUCAUUAACCUUGAAACCCACAUUCCUAGGACAUUAUUAUUCAAGACUUCUUUUUUGUAUUAUAAUCGGAUAUUAUUAUAUAUUAUUGUUUUGAUCUGUAAUGUUGAUGUUUAGGAUUAUUAAAAUAAAUUAUUAACUUUAAAAUAA